AUGAAGAGAGCAUCAGAGGAUAAGGAAAUGCUUAAAAUUAUAAAAAAUAGACAGUCAGCAAGGAGAAGUGUAGAAAAGAAAAAAAAAGAAUUGGAUUUUCUAAAGAAAGAAAAUUACUAUUUAAAAUUACAGAAUAAAUAUCUGACGGAAAGAAUACAUCAAUUAGAAAAUUCCCAUUUGCAUUCUAAGUCUUAUGAUUUUGUUCAAUGCUUUUUACCUCUUGUUCCUAAGGUAGAUAAUUUUUAUAUGGACAUGUGCUCAAGAAUGUGA